UAUUUUUUUCUGGUUUACGAGUGAAGAUUUCCUUACGUCUAGCUCCCGAUGCAUCUCCUCUCUCCCUCCAACGCAUCUGUUCAAGCAAUGAAUGAUAACGACGAUGACGACAACACAAUAGCCGACCAUCUUCUUCUCCACAAUCCCAAAUCAUACCUUCCACCUCUUUUUUCAUCUUGGAAUGACAAGAUACGUCCCAUUAAAGAAACCAUAGACAACCUCGUCAACCUUAAAGUCAUCAAUGAAGGCAUCUCUGUCCCCACCAUUGUUGUUGUCGGGAAUCGUGACUCAGGGAAAUCUAGCCUUAUAGAGUCACUCAUCGGCAUAAGUUUGCCAUGUGCACAAGAAACCUGUACAAGGGUACCUCUAAUAAUAAGGCUUCAAAACCAUCCGUAUCCUGUCACAGAAUUCCUACUAAAGUAUAAGAAAAAGUCGGUUCGUAUCAUUAACGAAAUGCUAAUAUCCGAAGCCAUUAAUAACGCUACCAUGGAGGUUGUUGGGGAAGGUAAAAAGAUAGGAAAUGUUCCUUUAACAUUGUUGAUGAAGAAGAGAGAUAUUCCGGAUCUCACCAUAAUCGAUUUGCCCGGAAUACAUCGAGAUAAUGCGGAACAAACAAUGGGUAUUGCUAUGGAGUUCGAAAUGGCCGAGGAUAAUAUUAUUAUAAAUGUUGCAUCUGCCACCAGUGAUCUCUCAAAUUGGAGACGAAGUAUGGACUACAAAGGAGAGAGGACGCUGGCUGUGAUUGCCAAAUGUGACCAAGUCAAAUAUGGUAAUGUCUUCGACACUGUUGGGAUAAACAAAUACAACAUUGAUCGCUACCGAUACAUAUAUGUUAGAAACAGAAUUAAUGAUGAAACCCAUAAUGAAGCUAGAAUGGAAGAAUCCGCACUCUUUGAACGUCUCCAUCGUGUGAAAGAUUUGCCUGAGAGUGAAAAGUCCAUGUUGGGUAUUCCCGCCUUGGCAAAUAAGCUUGUUCAGAUGCAAUUUGCAUUCAUAUUGAAAUGUCUUCCGGACAUUCUCAAGAAGAUCAAUGAGGGGCUCAAUGCUUUGAAUUUGGAGCUCAACCAAUUACCCAACAAUCUCAUGAGUGUUCCCGAAGCUAUUGCUGCUUUCAUGCUUGUUAUUGGGUCCUUGAAGGAAACUCUUCAAAAGAUGUUGAUACAAGGCGACUAUAAUGAGUAUGAGGACGAUAAACAAAUGCAUUUCAAUGCUCGGUUAGUGGAAAUGUUGGAUCGGUUUUCGAAAAAACUUCACUUGAGUGACAAAUUCUCUGAAAGUUUCCUUGUUGAGGAGGUGAAAGUUGUAGAGGAAAGUAAUGGGAUCUUUUCUUCUAAUUUCCCUCCUCAUUCAUGUUUGCUUAGGAAAAAAGUGAACAAUAUCUAUAGUUUGCCACUUCUCGUUGUAAAAGAAGUCUGUGGUUAUCUUGAAACCGUUUGUGUUAAAGUCGUGAUUGAUCAUUACGUAAGUUAUCCAAAACUACUUUCCUCCAUGAGGAAAGCGACUCAUAACGUGAUGGAGAAAAUGAAGCUUGAGUUUUCAGAAAGAGUUGUUGAGAUGAUGGAGAUGGAGAAGACCACAGAUUAUACAUGUGACCCUGAUUUUAUUGCUUCGUGGAACAAGUUAAUGGGCAAUCGUGAUAAGUUUAUACUCGCAACUAACGAUUUUCAAGAAGAAAUAUAUAUUGAAGGUCAAGGUAGGGUUUUUGUUGACCAUUUGUUUGAUGUACAUGAAAAUACAAGGGAUCAAGCGUUUGAAUUAAAAAUGAGGAUGACUGCCUACUGGAAAAUUGUUUUGAAACGAGUAGUGGAUUGCAUGGUGCUUCGGAUCCGGUUUAUAAUACAAAAAUUGGUGAAUGUGGAGAUAGAAAGGGAAAUAGUGAAUGAGGUGAUGUUGCAUGGUGGUGGUGUAGAAACGAUUAUGGAGGAACUAUCACCAGAGAGGGUGAGGAUACAAAGAAGCGUUGGAUUGGUCCAUGAAUCAAUUGGAUUCAUCGAAAAUGUCAUGGAUGUAAAUUUAGUUUCAGCCCAAGCUCUUUCAGGGGAGGAAGACGAGUCUAGUUAACUAGGAUCACGAGCCUAAUUAACUAGGAUCCGAAACAAAAACUUCAAAAAUAAAUUGGUUUAGAGGUAUAAUAUAUAAAACUUUUAGACAAGACAACUAAUAUAAAAAUUUCCUUACAUCGUUGAUCUUUGUUGAAACCGUCGACGCAUAAUCAUCUAUAUUAAUUUAGAUACAAAACCAAUAAUUUUAUUUUAAUCAUUGAUUGAUAUAGAUAUUUAUUUUCUAUAAACUAAUAUGUUAAUUUAGAUACAAAACCAAUAAUUCUGUUAUAAUCAUUGAUAUAGAUAUUUAUUUUUUGAAAAUAUCAUUUUUUUCAUUCUUUUUUGAUUAAUCCUCCGUAAUCCUCUUGAAGAGUUGAAUGUUGAAAUGGCUUAUAGUGAAGUGUUUGACACAAAUACAUCAUGUGGUGAGUAGGAAAGCUCUUGAUGCGGGUGAUUAUCCUUUGGGGUUGCCUAAAGUACAUAUGGUUAAUGUUGGGAGUAAGGAUGAUGUUUCGGAUGUUAAGAAAGUUGGUUGCUGUUUGGCUUAAGAACGAAUGUUUUUAUUUAAAAUUGCUAAAAAAUCUAUUGUGUUUUAUUUUAUAUGAUGAUUUGGAGACGGUUUUGUUGAAGGAAACUUGGA